UCACCACCACCUAUACCGCCCAGCGAGCGCCACACCGCCUACUAUUUCUCUACUUUUUUUAAUUACUCUCCGAAUAUCAAAACGAGGUUUUUAUUUUCUUUCUUUCACAAUUCAAAAUUACGCGGGUUCACAAUCUUCUUUGGCAAGACUCAGAGGAUACAAGGACUACAAUAACCAUACUCUAACGUCGAAUCUUCUCCGUACAAUACUUGACUCAAUUGAUUUAGCCAAUCAGUCUCAUAAGUAACAUCAAUGAUGUGAUAGGCUAAUUUGUAUCGCGUAAUAUGUAAGCUUUUCUCUUCCUCCUAAUGGCCUGUAGAGCGGACGUAAAAGGCGCGCUUUUCUAGAUCUUCUUGGUUGGGCCCAACAAUUGUAGAAGCCGCAGAGGCCCAGAAGAACAUACAAAACAAUCGGGCAUCUCUAGUACAUUUUCGGGUUCGGGUUUCUAGCGGCGGCUCUCGAACAGUUACAGGGAUACCGAAUGUGGCGACGAAGUGCUUUUCCAGUGGAAAUCCUCCUUCCGAACCUAACUUAUUUUUAUUUCCUUCUUUAUGAAUACUACAUGCUAAUCAUUUAUCUGUUUCAGGGGAAUUCAGAUUCUGAUCAGAGCAUUUCUGAUGGUGAGGAAUUAAAUGGCGAUUUGGUAGACAAUUGCUUUUCUUUGAAUGCGAAUGCAGAGAAAGAGGUAUGAAAGAUGGAAGUUUGGGAAAGGAAGCUGGAAAUUUAAUACAUGAGGCAUGUGCAACUACAGCUCAGUUUUAGUAAUCAUUUUCUUACAUCACAUAUUAAUGAAUAAUGUGAGAUGUUGUGAUCAGAACCAAACAAGCUUCUUUGUUGGAGACGAGGUUGAAGUGCCUGAUUUCCCCAAUGAUGGUGGCUUAAUCUUUUCCCAAAGGAAGGAAUCUAAACACCAUCAAAAUGAGGAAAUCAUAUCUGAUGAUGAGGAUGACUAUGUACUUGCAAAUUCCAUUACAUCUAGUGAUAGGAAGCUCAAUAAAGAUAGUAAUCUCCAUAUUUUAAGAAGUGAAAAACAAGAUGAGGCAUGCACAUGGUCCAUGAUAAGUAAAGAAGCUGAGGCGUUAAACCAUUUGAAUGAACAAUCUUUGUCUUCCUUUUCUGCCUUCUCCAAAGCAAACAAAUCUUGUCAAGGUGUUGGAGACAAAGUAAAGCUAAAAUUCUCUCUGCGUAUAAAGUCACAUAAAGAUGGACUCUUUCAUCCUUUUAUUCCUGAGGAUGAAAAUGUUACGUCAUCCAAGGCUCUUGAUGCACCUGAAGAACUGGAACCAAUUGAGGAUGAAACCAUAGAAAAUUCAAACCUUGAGUUUCUUGAAGAUUUUCAUGGAGAAAAUGGAAGGCCAUUAAAAGUUGCACCUGCUGAUGUAGAAGCCAUUGGGAAUGGACUCAUUGAGCAUUCAAUGGCUGAGCUAUUAGAGGGCCUUCGGGAUAGGAAUGUUCUUCAAAGAGGAAAUUCUCAAAUGUUUAGAAGAACAAAAGGAAAAAGGGCACAGCUCAUGGUGAAGAAAAAUGUAUCACCAUUGGGUGACAGAGUCAUUGAUGAUGAAGAAAAACCUGAGCAAGUAAUUACUGGGUCAUCAAGUGAUGAUGAGGGCAAUUAUCAAAACCUAGAUCUUGCAAACCCGGAGAUGAAGAGGCAGAGUAUGGCUGAUCGAUUUCAGGAAGCAUUGGCUGCUACCUCUUUCAGCAAUGACGAUGGGGCCCAUGUUGCAGCUGCCAAACUGUCAGGUAUUGGAUUGUUCAGGAAGUUACAGCAGGUCAUGCAGAGUGAAAAGGAAAGAGAUGCUAAUUUUCUGAAAAAGAUACAGAUGGGAGCUAGCCCCAGUGAUAAUGCACAUUCUAUAGUUGUAAAGAUCCUUUCAAGAUAUUUGGAUGCAAAGCUGACCGUUUGUCACUGCAUGUUUUGCAAGAAUGUAGAGGUUGUGCUCUAUACUCGGAACAGCAAUUCUACCAUAAUGCCCCGCUUGGAGACAAGCCUAUGCUAUUAUCUUAUUGGGAGCUCUCUGUUUCCUUUUCAUCCAGGAAUAUAUGGCUCCCAAAAAUUGGUAGAUAGAGAAAGGGAAGGAACAGUUAUAUUUAGUCCAAGAAUUUGCAGCGAUGUUGAUCUGGAAGUAGGGAACUUGAUUUGUAUUCAUCCUCCAUGGAAGGAGGUUCAAGUGAUGGGGAAUGACAAGAGCACUAUCUUAUCUACAUAUUUCUCCAACAUUUUAGUGUGAUUAUUUCAAACUCUUAGUGGAUAGAAUUAUCUGUCGACUCAAAUCUCAUUAUUUGACCAGUGAUGAGAGACAUGGUGUUAUGCUUAAUAGAAUUUUGAAGAUCCAGUUCAAGCUACGGAGGAGGAUCAUGGUUGUGUUAUCAUGGCUGCUUAAUUUUGCCCUCUGGGAAUGUAGCUUAAUGUUUUUUGACCCAGUUAAUUAAUUGGGUCCGGCUUGAGUUACAUUUGAUUCAUCUGACCUUGCAUAUUACGGUGCUGCGGCCGCAGCAGCAUUAAUCUUUGCCUGUAAAAUGGGGGAAAAAAAUAAUCUUACCAAUUAUCAUAUAAAAAUUUGAUAUAUGAAAUCUGAGUUUAAAAUGGAUCA